CGGACGUGCGUGCUCGCCGCCCGCUGGCGCACGCUCUGGAAGGCCGUGCCCUCCAUCCGUAUCAACUCUGCCGGCGAGAUAUACCGCAACCCUCUGGCGCUGAGCAUGUUUGCCAAUUACCUGCUUCUCCUCCGCGACCGGACGGCCCUGCAUGAAUGCGAGAUCAACUCGUACUACGGCGGGGACACCGAGGAGGCGUUCCGCUACAUCGAGCUCUGGAUGCGUUAUGCUGUGUCGUGCCAAGCUCGGGUGCUCCGGGUUCAUGUCAAAAAUGAGGUCAAGGACCUGUGUCUGUCAAACGUGUCUCUUCUCGCCCAGCACCUGGCAAGGCUGGAGCUCUGCAGCGUUGAGGUUGGGGGAUGCUUCCUGGAUUUUUCGGGCUGCCCGGCACUGAAGGUCUUGAAGAUGGAACAUUGCACGAUAAACGCCGGGAGGAUCUCGUCACUAUCGCUAAGCCAUCUCAUCAUCUGCUAUGGAAGUUUUAUAGCCAAUGGCCGCACUCGCAUCUCUGCCCCAAGUCUUGUUACCUUGGAACUAGAUGAGUUUAUGGGUUAUACUCCUCUGCUUGAGCCUAUGCCGUCACUGACAAGGGCAUUUCUCAGGUUUGGAGAAACCUGCCUUGAUCGUUGUGAUAACGUUUAUCGGAAGGAUGGAUUUUAAAUGGCACGUUAUGUUUAGCCAGUUGAAAACAUUGUUGCUUAGUGAGUGGUGCAUGGCUGCAGACUUCAGUGGACUAA